AUGCCCCCCCUUCGAGCGCACACCAAAUCUCGCAAUGGGUGCGAUCAAUGCAGAACUAGGCGGGUCAAGUGCGAUGAGCAGGGUCCACCAUGCUCGAAUUGCACAAAUCGCGAAUUGGAGUGCACUUACUUGAAAGUCGCUGCCGCCCGUCGAACUACAACUCGCACCCCACCCAGUUCAAAUGACGCCCGGUCGCUGGAUGGCCGUUCUCCAGUUGCCGGACAAACAAACACAUUCGGGAUCGACAAUUUAGAAUUGAUGCAUAAAUUUUCCACAGAGACAUUUCAAACUUUGUGCGUCAGCGAAUCAGAGACCCAAAUUUGGCAAAUCACUAUCCCUCGACUGGCUCUCAAACAUAAUUAUCUUAUGAACGGCAUUUUGGCCCUGGCCUCAAUGCACAUUGCUACAUCAGCGGAGCCAGCGGAAGCAUUGCUCUACCUCGACACAGGACUACAGUACUACAAUCGCAGCCUAACGCCCUUUCGCAACGCGAUUGACAGCAUCACACCGCGGAACUGCGAUGCAGUCUUCGCGCAUUCCAUCGUGAUGAUCGCGAUCAGUAUCGCGUCACCACGACUAACAGUCACAAAAGACGAAGGCACUAGCAUCACAGAGAACAUUGUGGUCCUAUUCGAGCUACUGCAGGGCGUCAGGAAGAUCCUACAAGUCAGCCAAUCCUGGAUCAACCUGGAGCUGUUUUCACAAGGCGAGUUCUGGAAAAAAACACCCGAGGAACUCGACGCAGAUACCGAGGCCGCCCUGGCGAAUCUGUCGGCGUUGAACGAUGAGGUGAUGAUUGGAAUUUAUUCCGAGCAGCAUCGAAUCAAUAAAGAGGUCAUUUCACAUUUACGGCAUUGUUAUGCGAAAUUUGCGCGUUCUGCCGAUCCUGCGCCCGUGCUUGCUUGGCUUGCACGUGUUGAAAAGGAUUUUGUUGAUAGCUUGAGGUGUCGGCAGCCGUUUUCAUUGUUGAUUCUUAUGUAUUGGGGUGUGUUGUUGACGGAGCUCGACGGACAGCGGUGGUGGGCGCGGAACUCGGGGAAAGCUUUGGUUACUGAGUUGCUCGAUGCCCUGAGACCCGGAGAUCCCAGGUGGGGUAGUGCCCUUUCGUGGGUACAGCGCAAAAUGUCGCUGUGA